UCCCUUUCAAAAAAGUAAAAACACUUCUUUCUCUCACUAAAGAAUUUCAGCGAUGAGUUUAGUUCGAUUCUGCAGGCCAACGUUAGCGUAAAAGCUUUUUGCUCCGAGAUUAAGUCACCGACCUUCCGCGUCCUUCUUUGUCACGUCGAUACGCUCAGCGAGGAAGGAAGAGCGGGCGGAGGACUCCUCCGACUGCCCUCUUUGUCAUUUUCAAGUAUCCGCUUCUUUGCAACGCUCAGUCUCUCUCGCUCGGGCAAAAGUUUUAAAAAAUUAGUUUUCGAUUGACGGGGACAUUGUUUCUGAGUUGCAAUGGGGGGAAAAUCUACAUGUAGAAUCUGUCUUAUGAGCGCCGAAGGAAUUUUCUUUGCAUAGUUUUGCGUGACAAUGCGCGGUCCUUUACGAGGAGUUGGUGAAGCGUUUUUAUCCUCUCUUUACCUCGGAAUCUUGUUGCGUUUCUAGAGAGAGAAAGAGGGGAGAAAGAGAGGUGACAAAAAUUAAAAUGGAGGCGAGGAUGAUUCCAACGCAUCGUGGGGGCACGUGUAUGUAGCAAAGAAGGUUUUGCUUCUUCUCCCGUUCUCUCUGUUGGUUUUCUGCUUCAGCGUAAUUGGGAGCCUCAACGGCAGAUUGAAGCAAACUCUGCCUUCGUUUCUGAGUUUUAGUCUUCUGCUUUUUGGGCUUGAUUUGCUGCGCUGGCUACUUCUAGGAAUUGUAACUUUUGGUUGCAUUUUUUGUAACACCGGGAUUUUGUUUACCCUGUGUUUGUGGGGAAGAGGACGGUCUCUCCUCUAAGCUUUUCUGGGGAGGCAGGCGUUGAUUUUUUAUUAUUUUAUGAUAUUAUUUUUUUUUCGGCCCUUGUGCUUUAGGAGCUCUAGCCUGAGAUCUGUUGGUUUGAUUUGAAGUUCUCUCUCUCUCUCUCUCUCUCUCUCUCUCUCUCUCUCUCUCGCUCUCGCUCUCGCUUGAGUACUCCUCUGCAACAAAGUAGUUUGGUUGAAUUUUCGGUUCUAAAUUCACUAUUCAAGGUAGUGGCAAUUCAGCUGUUGGGGUGCUGGAUUGCGUGAGGAAGCUUCCUCUGGGUUGGUUAUAAAGUGUAGCCUUUUAAAGAGAUGGAUGGUGGUGGUGAGUCUGCGAAGAGGGGAGACUUGAGAAUUCAUGAUAACUUGGAUGACCUCGCCACAGACUUGGCCGAUUUUGUGGCAGAAUUGUCGGAGGUUGCUGUGAAAGAAAGAGGCUACUUCGCCGUUGCAUUAUCUGGUGGAUCGUUGAUUGGCUUAAUGGGGAAACUUUGCGAGGCUCAUUAUCAGAGGACAGUAGAUUGGGCAAAAUGGCAUAUAUUUUGGGUUGAUGAGAGAGUAGUAGCCAAGAACCAUCCUGACAGCAAUUACAAAUCGGCCAAGGACGGGUUGCUCUCAAAGGUUCCUAUCAUCCCAAGCCAUGUCUACUCAAUCAAUGACUCACUGUCAGCAGAGCAGGCAGCAGAAGAAUAUGGAUUUGUCCUCAGGCAGCUUGUGAAGACACGGGUAGUGGACGUGUUGGAGAGCAGCGACUGCCCGAAGUUUGACCUCAUCCUCCUGGGCAUGGGUCCAGAUGGGCACGUAGCAUCUCUCUUCCCAAACCACUCGGCCAUGAAUGAGAAAGAUGAAUGGGUGACCUUCAUCACUGAUUCUCCUAAGCCACCGCCCGAGAGGAUAACAUUUACUCUGCCAGUCAUCAACUCUGCUGCCAAUGUCGUUGUUGUCGUGACGGGCAGCAGCAAAGCCGAAGCGGUCCGCUUGGCCAUUGAUGAGACUCCUGAGCAGGUGGUGCCAGCACGUUUAGUCAGCCCAAGUGAUGGAAAAUUAGUCUGGUUUUUGGACAGGGAGGCUGCAUCAGCGUUCAUUGCCAGUUAUUCGGUUGAAAGUUCUUGACCAAAGCAGGGAUAACAGAAUGAGCGGUUCUACAGAGUGUCCUUUUCGUUUUAAAUUUUGGUCUGUUGUUUGAUCUGCCCACGUUUUCUUCCUUUCGUUUCCAUUGUGUUUCUGUAACAGGGAACGACUAAUAAGAUGGCCAAAGAAGCCUUUAGUGAGUGAA